CGUCAAAUGGAAAAAUUUUAGGUUAGAAAUGGUGUUUACAAAUAUCACAAUAGGAAAAUCUUAAUUUUAAUUGAUUAUAUUAGUUGAUAAUUUAUAGUUUUUAAGGAACCAAAUGCAAUUUACCAUGGGGGACAGUGAUAAACCUUUCGUAUGUACAAAUAAAGAUUGCAAUAUGUCCUUUUCAAACGAAGAUCACUUGAGUGUCCACAGCAAGAAACAUGAUAUGGUUUUAAAUUUGGGUUUAUCAAAAACUCCAACAAUAGCAGAUCAAACACCAACUCCAACAAGAUUUAUAAGGAAUUGUGAAGAGGUUGGUUUAUUUCAAGAUCUCCAAAAUGUAAACCCAUUUGAUGAAACCUUUAGAAAAGCAAUAGAAAACACAAAAAAUGGGAUGACUCAUGUUAUUGAAUCAACAUCAGAAGAUUCUCUUCACACCCCACAGAUAUUUGAAACUUCUCAAAAAUUGGUGCCUCAAAAAUACGAACAACCUGAUAUCCCAGAAGAUUUUAGUUUACAUUCAGUAAUACCUAUACACGAAGGAAUAAAAACCGACAAUGAAUUAGAUGAUAUUUAUGAAGGUGAAGAUGAAACACCAAAUUUUCGAUCAGUUAUGUUUGAACCUGAAACUGAAAUUGAUUUGUGCUCAUCAAAUUCAAGUGAAGCUAUAUUACCAGAAGCAAACCAUAGUAAUGAAGAGAUGUGGAAUGAUAAUUCGGGUAAAAAUGUCGAUUUUAAAUUAGAAUUGAGGGAGAAACUUAAAGAAGCUUUGCAUAAAAGAAAAGCAGAAGAGGAUCCCUUAGAAAUAUCCGACACUGAUAAGCUUUAUUUAAAGAUGCGUGGACCUAGAUUGGAAUUGAAACACAAAAUUCCUUACCCAAGCAUCUCACCAAAAAAAUCAUUGGAAAAGGAUAACUUAAUUGAUAUUUAUGAUAAAAAUGUAAGUGAAGUAGAUAGAAGGAGGUUAAUGAAUAGAAUGGCACAAAUGAGAAGUAGGGAAAGAAAAAAAGUGUGGUUGGAUCAAAUGAAAGAUGAAAUGAUUAAAUUGAAAGGGGAUAACAAAGAUUUGAUAGCUGAAAAUAAAAAAUUAAAAGAAGAAAAUGCUUAUUUAAAAUCGGUACUAUUAAAACACAAUCAAUGUUCUUUAAAUAUUGAUGUUGAAAAAGAAACGUCAUCUCAAUUGAUUCUCAACCAAUUUAAUCCAGUUAAAAAAUUAAAACCCAUCAAACCACGACCGGUUACUUUAACACCUUUAAAGCUAAAUGCAUCACCAAGAGCCGUUGUUGCAGCAAUACAAAUACCAGCAUCACAACAAAAAAUUAAAGACCUACCUAUUUUAUUACCAAGACCGACUCCUGCGGUUGUAGUAACGCCUGCUUCAGUUGUAAGAAAAACCCCGGUUAUAAAACAUACUUCCGUUUUACCGCCACCGCCAGUAUUAACAUCAAACAACCCAUCACCAUCACCUACAAUUUCAAAAACGUUAUCUACAAUACGGAUAAAUGGAAACUCAUCAGUCGUUAUACAAAUGAAAGGAAAAACAUAAUUUAAUUGUAAUUUUAAAUUAUAUAUAUAUUAUUUUGAUAUGUUAAAUUGUUUU